AUGACGUCUCGGGUUAACGAUUUGCGACAACUGCUUAAUGAUGCACAGAGACCUGAUGGACAGGAUCCUGAUUACAACCGCAGUGAAAGUCAAAAUUCUACAGCGAAUCCUCCGCCAGCAUUUCUGACGAAAUUAUGGCAGUUAGUCAAUGAAGGCGAUCCAGAUCUUGUUGGAUGGUCUGAGAGUGGAAAAUCCUUCAUUGUUAAAGACCAAAAUCUCUUCGCAAAGAGAGUCUUGCCCAACUAUUUCAAGCACCAAAAAAUGAAUAGUUUCGUAAGACAGCUCAACAUGUACGGAUUCAAAAAGGUUCCGAAGAUGACCGAAGGCACACUUCACACGGUUGACUACGAAAUGAUAGAGUUUCAAAAUGAACUCUUCGUUCGUGGCAAGCCCGACCUGAUCGCCAAGAUACGACGAAAGGACGCAAAGCCUCGUCCUAUGGUCACUCAGAAUAAACACGUAACGGACCUCUUGGAGGAUCUUCAAGAUCAACAGCGACAGACCCACCGUGACUUCGAGCGCUUGAAGGAGAAAAAUUCUGACCUCUGGCGACAGGUUUCCACUCUGCGUAAGAAACAUGAUAAGCAGCAGGAUACCGUAAAUCGGCUCAUAAGCUUCAUGAUUCACUACAUCCAGCAGAGUCCGGUAAGUCCCGGUGGCAAUCACCAGAACUUUCCUCAAGUCCAAUCAAACAAACAGGUGCCUCAAAUAGAACAUGAAAAGUCAAAUCAACUACAACUUGGUCAGAAACGGAGCGCUCUUGCACUCACCAAUGGCGCCAGCGAUGGAAACGAAGGACCGUACAAAAUGGUCCGCUCAAACGAUUACGUUACUGAGUCAAUCCCGAAAAUAGCUCCUGAAUCUCCAUUGACAAGUGCUCUCCGAUCCACGCGUGGCCCUGUUUCGCUCGAAGAUGACGAUUACGGAAAUUCUAACACCUAUUUUCUGAAAGCUUCAUCUGAAAACGCUAUCAUGAGUUCUGAUCCAAACGCACCUGAAAUCCAAGAAAUCAUUUCCGAUAAGCCAACGCAUUACAAUCUCGAGUUGGUUGACUCUCCUUCCACGUCGGGCAACUUCGACCAGAACGGAGACCCCAUCAAGGACAUUGAAGGGUCAAUCCAACGUCAGGAGACUACUCUGUCGAACAUUAUCACCAACAUUAUGAGCGAAGGGCAGCAGGGCGACAGUUUCUCCUUCGAUGCCUCUGAGAUGAACUUCGAUGAUUUCGCAGCUGGCUAA